AUGGGCUUCACAACCGGAUUCACUGGAGGUGUUACCCUCACCCUCUCAGUAGCUUACCUAGGUGUACUGGCACACCAACGACACCGAGAGCGCCAAGCUGCCAUCCUGCGACAGCAGACUCGUCUAAUAUCCAGUAUCAUCGACCCUCUGCCCCCUGUCUUGCCACCCACGAGGGCCGAGCUUGCAGCAGCCGAGCGUGCCAAUCUAAUCGAGAGGGCUAAAGAUCGUUGGAAUGCUGAAAUAGAAGGUGCUGUCCAAUGGGCUCAGAACAAGGACUGGGAGGAGGUGCGCGAGAAUGUCGAAAUAGCUCUGGCUAGGCUCUGGGCUAGGGCAUUUGGUGAUGCCCAAGGACCUGUGGAGAAGGGUGAGGAUGCGGCAGCAAAUGCAAAAGCAGCUGUAAAUGCAAAACUGGACCAGGGCAAGGAGAAAGCCAUGAGUGUAGCUGCGGCAGCUAAGAGCGCAUAUGCGGAUGCGAAAGCCAAGGGCUCUGAAGUAGUUGAGCAGACAGAAGAAAAAGCCGAGGAGGCAAAGGCCUCAUUCCUAAGCGGCUUAGCAAGCGGUAUCUGGAAGAGCAAGGAUGUAGCUGAUAAGACGAAGUCAGCAGUAGCAGGAGGAGCUAAGCAAAAGGGUGAAGAGCUUUUGUCACCACUAUCUGAGGAGGAGAGGGCACUUAGACAACGAUACCAGGGAUCGACUGGGCUUGAACAGAGUCCGGAGGAGGUUCUAGCAGCAAGAUAUGCUUCGACCGGACGGCAAGAUGGAUCGCAACUAAAAGCCUUAUAA